AUGCAUCUUAUCCUUACUGGCGCAACUGGCCUGGUCGGCUCAGGCGCUCUGGAUGCCAUGAUCAAGAUGAAGGACAUUACAAAAAUCUCUAUUCUCAGCAGGAACCCAGUUCCCAUGGCCGAGGACGCCAAAGACCCUCGCAUCAACGUCAUAAUCCACAAGGACUUCGAAAAAUACGACUCGGAAUUACUAGACAAGCUCAAGGGCGCGAAUGGUGCCGUGUGGGCUCUGGGCAUCAGCCAGAACAAAGUGAGCAAGGAGGAUUACGUCAAGAUCACCAAAAACUACACUCUAGAAGCAGCAAAGGCCUUCGCCAAUCUCCCGCCGGAGAAUGAGCCCUUCCGCUUCAUCUUCGUAUCAGGCGUGGGCGCCACUCAGCAACCGGGCCGCUUCAGCGCCAUCUUCACCCGCGUCAAGGGCGAGACCGAGACUGCCCUCUCCGAGAUGCGUGCCGCAAACCCGCGCCUGCGGGCCGAGUCUAUCCGCCCGGCUUUUGUCGACAAGGGGGACCAUGACGCCAUCAAGCCUUACGUGCCGAACCCGGGCAUGUUCUACAACUUGAUGUUUACUUACGUAGGCCCCUUGACUAGGACCCUGUAUCCAUCAUUCGUCAGCCCGACCGAAACGUUGGGGAGAUUCAUGGCGGAGAUGGCGAUGGGCAAGGUCGACGCUGGGAUGGCGGCUGGCGGGAAGGGUAUCACUACGUUGAAUGGUGGGCUAAGAAUCGUGGAGAAUGUUGGAUUCAGGAGAUUGGCUGGUUUGUCUUAG